AUGGAACCUUCACAAAUUUUUGGAGUUUCAGAAGAAUGUCACAGCAGUGAAUCUGGUUGGACUAUGUAUAUUGGAUCUCCUGCUAAUGAUGAUUCAAGCGAUGCAGCUUCUGAUGAUGAUGAUGAAGAUGAAGAACAUAAAGGUUAUUAUUAUGCAGCAAAUAACCAUAAUGAUAGUGAUGAUGAUUCCAUGGCUUCUGAUGCUUCUUCAGGUCCAUGUCAUCAAAAAGGUAAUCAUAAUCCAUUUAAAGGGAUGAAAAAUCCCAAUGGUGAAAUGAAUUUUUGCUUAGAAACAACCAGAACUGUUAGGAAGCCAUUAAUGGAAAAGAAGAAGAAGCAAAGAGCUGAGAGAAAAGAAGUCCAAGUAGGACAAAAGCCUAAAACUUCAGUUCAAAGCAGUUCUAAGGCUGAAAAAAUGAACACAUGGAAAAACAUGAGCUGUUUCUUUUACAAGACAAUAUUUUGGUAG